AUGGAGACCAGCGGGAAGCUCAUUUGCAGACAAAGGCAAGUCCUUUUAUUCAUUCUCCUCUUGGGUUUAUCUCAGGCAGGCUUGGACCCUAGGCGCUAUUCUGUAGUGGAGGAAACUGAGGGGCAUGCAUUUGUAACCAAUUUAGUAAAGGAGCUGGGUCUGGGUCAGAGGGAACUCUCCAAGCGGGGAGCAAGGGUCAUUUCCAAAGGGAACAAACUACAUUUGCAGCUUGAUCAGGAAACUGGAGAUCUGUUGCUAAAUGAAAAACUGGACCGGGAGGAAUUGUGCGGCCACAUGGACCCCUGUGUGCUGCGUUUCCAGGUGUUGCUAGAAAAUCCCUUAGAGUUUUUUCAAGCUGAGUUACAGGUAAUAGACAUAAAUGACCAUUCCCCAGUAUUCAUAGACAGAGAUAUGUUGUUAAAAAUAUCAGAGAGCAGUCCACCUGGAAUUACAUUUCCACUGAAGAACGCUCAGGAUAUGGACGUGGGCCGAAAUAAUAUUGAGAACUAUGUAAUUAGCCCCAAUUCCUACUUUCGGGUCCUUACCCGCAAACGCAGUGAUGGCAGUAAAUAUCCUGAAUUGGUGCUGGACAAAGCCCUAGAUCGGGAGCAGGAACCUGAGCUCAGGUUAACCCUUACAGCUCAGGAUGGCGGCUCUCCACCCAGGUCUGGCAUUGCUCAGAUCUACAUCGAAGUCGUGGACAUCAACGAUAACGCCCCCGAAUUUGAGCAGCCUCUAUAUAGGGUGCAGAUUCCUGAGGACAGUCCCAUUGGCUUCCUGAUUGUCACAGUCUCUGCCACCGAUGUAGACACAGGAGUCAAUGGAGAGAUUUCCUAUUCACUUUUCCAGGCUUCUGAAGAGAUUUGCAAAACCUUUGAGGUCCACCACAAGACAGGAAAAAUUCGACUGAAAAAACAACUUGAUUUCGAAAGAAUACAGUUCUAUGAGGUCAAUAUUGAGGCCAGAGAUGCUGGCAGCCUUUCCGGAAAAUGCACCGUUCUGACUCAAGUCAUGGAUGUGAACGACAAUGCCCCGGAAGUCACCGUGUCUGCAUUUACUAGACAUAUACCUGAGAACUCGCCUGAGGCUGUGGUUGCAGUUCUCAGUGUUUCAGACCUUGAUUCAGAAGAAAACGGGAAAAUAAAUUGCUCCAUACAAAAUGAUCUACCCUUUCUUCUGAAAUCUUCCUUGGAAAAUUUUUACACCCUAGUAACAGAGAGACCACUGGAUAGAGAGAGCCAGGCCGAGUACAACAUCACCAUCACCGUCACCGAUCUGGGGACCCCCAGGCUGAAAACCCAGCACAACCUAACGGUGACGGUGUCCGACGUCAACGACAACGCCCCGGCCUUCAGCCAAGCC